AUGGGGUCUUUAGAAAAGUUACGUCUACUAAGAAAAAUUAUUUCGCAAAAUGGUGGACUCUUUAAGUCGAUAUAUAAGUUGUGGCGCUUCGACACCCUGAAGGAUGGUAAAUACAUGGGCUGUGACAGCUAUGGCAACAGGUAUUAUGAAAACCCAUACUACGUUAUUGGCUCCAGUCGCUGGGUUGAAUAUAACGACAGUGUCCGGAUUGAAUAUGAUGCCAGUCAAGUAACACCGGAAUGGUACGGUUGGUUGCACUAUAGGACUGACCGUCUUCCUUGUGAGGACGAAGCCAAGUUAUUUAUCAAGGGUUGCUGCUGGACCCAAUGUUGGUUGCAGAAGCACGAAGAAAACCCCUCGGGCACAGCUCUGGCCUUCUAUCCAUACAGCACCACUCGACCGCACAUUACUAUUUGGGAUGGUAUUCAUUUUUUG